CUAAAGCGAGCAGUUAUGGUUUCCUCUAGACUAGCUGCAUAGCUAAACAUUUCUGAUAACGCAGUUUAAAACAAGUUUACAUUAAAAAGUAAACCACUAGUACGGUUAUGACGUGACUCCGGCAGUGACUGAGCUUUUAAUGGUUGACGUUGUUUAAAAUCUCUCCCAUCACUGAACAGGAUGCUAGCAUGUGUUAGCAGGAAAUUAGCUCGUUAGCUUAGACAGCCAGCCAAGUGUUUGUUAUGAAGCGUGUUUUUUCUUCUUUAUGCUUAUACUCUACUUGAACAACGUCUCCAUUAUGGACCCCGAGGGAAUAGUGAUCCGUAUUAAAACGCCGGCAGGAGACAUGGACUCGUCCGUCGACAGUCCAUCUCUUCUCAACUUCAAUGACUUGCUGGUCGCUAUCAGAGAUGUCAUGCCUGAAGCCACCGUCACUGCCUUUGAAUAUGAAGAUGAGGUGGGGGACAGAAUCACUGUGAGAAGUGAUGAAGAACUCAAAGCCAUGUUAUCAUAUUACUUCAACACAAUGAAUGAACAACGCAUGAAUGGACUGAUGCCAGACCCUCUACAAAUUUUUCCACGAGCUGGCAAGACUCCAGGGAUCCGGAACAUACAUGGCCUGAAGGUUAAUACAAGACCUAACCCAGCCAAUGACUGCACUCAUGCUGUUCAGGACACUAUGGCCAGCAACAGCUUAAAGAAAUCAUCUGCUGAGCUGAAGAGGAUCUUGACAAAUGGACAGAUAAAUGCCCAAGAUAUCCACUAUCAAGAGCAGCUUGGCCAUGGAAACGGAGGCACAGUUUACAAAGCUUACCAUAUUAUUGGCAAGAGGGUUUUAGCUGUGAAGGUCAUUCCCUUAGACAUCACGGUAGAACUACAGAAGCAGAUCAUGUCUGAGUUAGAAAUACUCUACAAGUGUGACUCACCCUACAUCAUCACUUUCUUCAGUGCCUUUUUUGUAGAGAACAGGAUAUCCAUAUGCACAGAAUUUAUGGAUGGUGGGUCUCUUGAUGUGUACAAAAGGAUUCCAGAGCAUGUGCUGGGUAGAAUUGCAGUGGCAGUAGUCAAUGGCCUGACAUAUCUGUGGAGCCUGAAGAUACUUCACAGAGAUGUCAAGCCUUCCAAUAUGCUGGUGAACACCCGAGGACAAGUCAAGCUCUGUGACUUUGGUGUCAGCACACAGUUGGUGAAUUCUAUUGCCAAAACAUAUGUGGGAACUAAUGCAUACAUGGCGCCGGAAAGAAUAUCAGGGGAACAGUAUGGCAUCCAUGCAGAUGUCUGGAGUGUGGGAAUCUCUUUCAUGGAGUUGGCGCUAGGCAUGUUCCCAUAUCCACAGAUUCAGAAAAACCAAGGAUCUUUAAUGCCUCUCCAGUUACUGCAAUGCAUCGUUGAUGAGGAUCCUCCAGUUCUUCCUGUCAGCCAGUUCAGUGAGAAAUUUGUUCACUUCAUCACUCAGUGUAUGAGGCGGCAACCCAAAGAGAGACCUGCCCCUAAUAACCUCAUGGAUCAUUCCUUCAUCAUACAAUAUAAUGAUGGAAAUGCAGAGGUCGUGUCGAUGUGGGUUUGUCGCUGUUUGGAGGAGAGACGAGCGCAGGAGGCUCAGGGACGCGUCUGACGUCCUCCUGCUUGUCCGCCCAAGAUGGACGAUGAUGUUUGACCACGAACCUUGAACACUUAACGAAGGCUUCAGUGUCAAGUACGUCAAUAUGCACUGUACAAAGGACUUCACGUACAUGGACAAAAAAAAACUAGAUGUUUAAGACUUCAUGUGAGUAAUUCUUCAUUUAUCAGCAAGAAUGCGCCGUGAAAAUGAAGAGCUCACAUGCUUUGAACUGAAUAUUAAUCUCUGCAUUCAAAAAGUGCGGAGAGCAAAUUCUUUCCAGCGUGGGUCUCCAUCCACGGCUUCGUCCCCACGUUUUUCGGGAGCAUACAGAAAUGCAGUGAGCAUCCCAAGUUCAUGAAUGGAGGUAAAUGGUCCCGGUUUAAAGGAUCAGUGACGAUAAAUGACUUCACAGUUUAAGACUUCAAUAUGCUGACAGAGUUGUGCUCUGUUUCUGGGAUGGUAUCUCAAAUAACCGUCUUGUGCUUUACUGUUGACAGCCCUCUAGUGAAUGUUAAGGUUUUUGCCUGUGAGUAACUGCCCAUGUGUGUGCCUGUUUUACCAGUGGUAUAAUUUAUUACCUCAGCAAACUUAGGUUGUCAUUGUAGUAGCAAGGCUUCCCCCAAAAACGUACCUAUUUUCAAUGCCUGGACUAGAAUAUUAGUCUCCCAGUGAUUCCCAAACCUUGUGAGGUUAGAGAAUGAAUGGAUUCAAAGCUCUCUCUCUCUUUUUGUCUAAAGGAGUGUUUGUGUUAGCAAAGCGAACAGAAAGCCCACAGUAUGAGUGAGUCCGAAGGAGCACUGCAUUGUUAGAGUGGAAUGAAAUAUAUUGACAGCCAUCUUUUCUUGAUUCACAAUGUUACCGUCAUUGACACUGACCGAGAGGAACCAGGGGUUUUCUUUUCGUUUAAACUAGUUUUUAGUCAGUUGCACAUCUAUUCUGUCCCUUUGCGCAGACAUGCCUGAUGUAAAAUGCCACUGAAUCAACAAUUCCACACCCAGAUCUCCACUUUCACUCUUUAGCUUUUUGUUUUUCUUAGAAACCAUUAAGAGUAACAGACGAUUGGUAAUAUAAAGAGAUCAAAACUCUUCUUCCCCUUACAAAGCGACACUUUUUUAAAAUUUUAAAUACUUGUUUUAUCCUUACUUUAGUAAGAUUUAUCAUGGACUGUACAGAAAUAAUGAUAUUGUAUUAUAUUGCCUAAUGAGAUCAGUUGAUAAUCUGUAAAGGGAGUACAUUAAUGCAGUGCACUUAACACCAAAGACCACUGACGAGCCAAAUGGUGAAUUAUAUCUUGUGACUGGGGCAAAAUGUGAUGGAUUAAGUGACGAUGAAUGCUUUGACGAGGUCUUUAUGUGCAGCUGAAGGAAUGUGUAGCACUCAAGUGCAAUUAAAUGUCAUUUCUUCCACAAAGGCAAAGUAAAAAGCAGCCUCAGAUAAAGAGCACCGAUUUCUUUAACAAGCUACUUGUAGUUUCUUCAGCACCUUGUUAGAUGUGCUUUUGUCUUCUUUAAUAAUGAGGAGACACACAUAAGGUCUUGGACUGUAAUUCAAAUCUGAGAAAACAUUUGUUUGUAGCACAGUUACACAUUGCGCCAGCGUUACCUUCGUAAUUGAGGAACUCUACAUCAAAACGUGUCAUAUAUUAACAUAAUCAAACCUACUGUGAGACCCUUUUUUCAUCAGUAUGAUUUUUUUUAGCAUCGUAUGUAAAAUUUCUGCCACUUGAGGUAACAUUUACUCUCCUGUGUAAGUGAACCUCGUCCUGACAGAAAAUGGAGGAAAUGUUGCAUGUGUGAGGAAAAACCCAAGCUGUGUCCCAACUCCAUACUCCAUGCUAAAUCUAAGAGGACUUGUAACGUGUUCAAAAAUGAUUAUUUUCUAUAUUUAUCAUCUGUGAAUUUACUACAUUUGGUGCACUCAAAGAUGCAAGUAUUUACUUAUUAUUUUUAUUUUUGUGGUGUUGAUGAACAUGAAAAACUGAAGAUGGUGCAGCAGCUCCAGAAACGUUAAAAACGGUUUGAACAAAAUGUUUUAGUUAUAGAUUCACUUAAUAUCGUCCUCCAGAGCUUUCAUGCUCAUCUUGUGUUCUUCCAGCUUAACUUUCUGUUUUCCAGCUUUGCACAUGUUAGUGCAGAAUUAUAAAGUGCAAUCAUUUCUUGAAAUGAAAAUAUGCAGUGUAAUGAUAAAUCAAUUCGGUAUGUCAGAUGGAGUCGGGACGCAGCACCAUAGUGUGCUGGUAUCCACUUCUUAUUACAUUAUUGCAUGAUUGAUCCAGUCAAACAGAUUAUGAUUUGGAGGAGAAACUUUUCAUAGUGUCCUCUGCUUGUUGUGUUCAGAACUCAAAAGAUGAUAAUAACAAUUAGAUUUUUCAUAUGCACUGCCUUAGAAAGAUGAUUUCUUGGUAAAUGUUUUAUGUGAUCGAUAUGAUAUAUGACAGAUAUAAUCAUAAACUGUUAAAUUGACAUUCAAAUGGAAUCCCUUUCCAUGCCCAGUCCGCUAUUAUUGCUCAUAAAGUUGUCUGUAGUUGUAUUUAGUAUUUCACUCUGUUACAGCAGCUCUGGUACAGUUUAUGAGCUGAAUCAUUCCAGAUAAUGUUUGUGUUUGUUAAUGAAAGUGAAGUAAACUGUUUUUUUUAUGAGUGUACACAACCAGCAGAGGCGCAAUGUGUCAUAAUCCCUCCCAUGUUGACAAAGUUCAUGUGUGCCAUGAUUUGCCUCUAAAACCUGAAAUUAGGCACAGCCUUUUCUAUUUAAUGUGGAUGAAUAUGCAUUUACUUUCACUUUGGGAAGUGUGUUAGUGCGAGACGCCACCAUGAGAAGUAGAACGAUUUUUAAUAUGAUCCAGUAGCAUGGUUCACCAACAGUUGUUCCAGAUGAAUAAAAUAUCUACUCUGUUAUUCCACAUAUUGUUUAUAUUUAUGUGUCAUUUUGGAUCUUUGAGAUUCUACCAUAAUUUUAAAAUACCUGUAAGACAUCAUCAUUAAGUUGGCCUUAGAUGUAACAAUGAAUACUUUGCUAGCCAGUUACAACUCUGCAAACUCUUAAUGUAUUCAAGCCAAUCAAAUAAAACCAAAAAUAAAAAUUGAUUUCAUAUUUCUGAACAGGUGUGGUAUGAGCUCCAAGGCGCUUCAUACAAACACAUUUUUAUUGUUUCUUUGAUUGUUCAGCUCUGUACUCAUUGACUGUGACUUCUAAAUAUGAAUCUGCAGCAUCAGUAUCCAUGAAAAUAUUUAUUGUUUUUUACUUUCAGCCUGCUUACAACAGAAAUCACCUCCUGCUGUGUGCUGUGAUGUUACUGGCUGAUUAUGUAAUUAUUUGUUUGCACAUAU